CCUCUACAAUAUCGUCACCACUGCUUUACAAUUACUCCAUACUACAGCCUAAACUAUAUUUUGUAUGUUUCCUAUGUCCACAGGUUAAGUAACGUCCAACUAGAUGUGGCCACAGAAAUCGGUGGUGACCGUCCAGCAUACACAGUGGAGCAGUGUCAUUGUCCAGCAAGUUAUGAGGGAUCUUCUUGUGAGAAAUGUGCUCCUGGUCACUACAGGCAUCAAACCAGCCCCUUCCUUGGUAUCUGCUCUCCCUGUCAAUGCAACGGUCAUGCAGAUGAAUGUGACCCCAACACGGGUCAGUGUUUGAGUUGCCGUGACAACACUGAGGGUAGACACUGCGAGCGAUGCAAAGCUGGUUACCAUGGUGACCCAAGAAGAGGUGGAUGUAGUAUGUGCACAUGUCCCCUUGAUUCAGAAUCUAACAACUUUGCUGACACAUGUUAUGCAAAUCAGCGAGGACUUGUAACACACUGUGACUGUCAACCAGGUUAUGCAGGGAAUCACUGUGAUAGGUAU